AAAAGUCUUUCCUUCUCUUUUUCUCUCUCUACCAACUGAACUCCUUUCUCUCUCUCUCUCUAGGAUUUUUCUGCAGAAGAUCGCAGAAUCAAUCGUCCUCAAAACCCCAAUGGGUUUGGUGGCACUUCUCAAGUUUGCUCUUUUCUGCAUCGAUUUUCUCGCCUGGCCUGUAAUUGCUCUUGGGUACCCGGUGUUUGCUUCAAUCAGGGCAAUCGAGACCGGUUCAAAACUUCACAUGAAGAAGUUGGUCGUAUAUUGGACCCUUUUCGGUUUAAUUUCUCUCUUCGAAUUUGCUUUCGCCAAAAUCAUUGUUUGGAUACCGUCGUGGUCUAGCAUUAAACUUGUUGCUGCCUUCUGGUUAGUGCUUCCUCGAUUUGAUGGUGCAUGCCUCGCCUAUCAAGACCUUUUACGCCCGUGCUUAUCUGUGAAUCCACAAGCAGUUUUAGACAGGUUGUUGUACUGGCUAAAGAAGGAAAAGCCUCGUAAAAUAGUAGCUUUUCUUGAUUUGGCUGAGGAAUACAUCAAAGAGAACGGAUCCGAAGCUCUGGAAAAACUUAUUGCAAGCAAGUUGGAGGCCAAAGAAACUGAUAAUACUCAGAGAGAGACACAAAUUCAAGAACCAGAGGAGAAACUUGCUGCUGUUAACUUAGAAUCGUUGAAAGGACCUGAUAUUUCUCCUGAAGAUAAUGAAAUGUUGAAAGCUACAGCAAAGACUGCUGCAAUGGAAACGGAACAGAAAACCGAGGUUAAAGAGAUGAUACCACCAGAAUCAAGUCCAAGAAAUCGAAACCAGGAAACACCUCCAUUUACGAAAGUUCAUCAGCCAGAAUGGAACUGUGGUUUGUGCCAAGUGACAACCAAAUGCGAGAAAACACUAAACGCUCAUCUUCAGGGGAAUAAGCACAAGUCCAAAUGCGAGUAUCUGAAAAUCAAGCUAUAUGCUGAAGAAAUGGGGCCCACAACUUCGGUAACAGCACAUAUAUCGAAACAGGCCAAAACAGAGGCAGCAGCAAAGGCUAAAGUUGGGGAAGCAUCGCUGCAAAAAUCUUCUGAAAAUAUCGAACUUCGAUUACAGGUGCCUAAUGACCAGGCGAAACAGGCUGAGCUGAAGCUGGACCGGCAGCAAAAAGAUUCUGAAAAGAUGGAAGAAAUUGUUCGAUUCCAGGCGGCUAACGAGCAGGAAAAACAGGGCAAGGCUGAGCGGGAUAGUGCUGCCACCCAGACAUUUAUACCGGACCGUAAUUCGGAACACAAAGAACCUGAUGAUUCUCAGGGAGUAACUCAAUUUCAAGAACCCGAGGAGAAAAAUGCUGCCAUUGUAACAGAACCGCUAAAAGGACUCGAUACCGCUCAGAAAGUUAACAUAAUCUUAGCAGCUACAGACAAGACUGCGUCAACUGAGAUGAAACAGCCCGAGUUUAAAGGGAUGAUAGCACCAGAGGCAAGUCCGAGAAAGACCCCUCCCCUUAUCAAAGUUCAUCUGCAAGAAUGGAUCUGUGGUUUAUGCCAAGUGACAACCACAAGCGAGACAACACUUAAUGCUCAUCUUCGAGGGAGUAAGCACAAGUCCAAUUGCGAGAACCUGAAAAGCAAAACGGGACCCACAACUUUGGUAACAGCAUUGAAUCAGGCCAAACCGGUGGCAGCACAGGUGAAAGUUGGUGAAGCAUCGCAGCAAAAAUGUUCGGAAAAGAUCGAAGAAAGAGUUCAAUUUCAGGUGGCUAAUGAGCAGGAGAAACGGGCUAAACUGAGGCAGGAAUGGCAGCAAAAAACUUCCGAAAAGAUCGAAGAUAAUUUGGAUACGAAAGAACCUGAUAAUUCUCAGAGAGAGGCUCGAGUUCAAGAACCAGAGGAGAAAAAUGCUGCAGCUAUGUCAGAAGAGAUGAAAGUAUCUGAUACUGCUCCGAAAGAUAACAAAAUGUUGGAAGCUACAGCAAAGACUGCUACAACUGAGAUUAAACAGAAAAACGAGGUUAAAGAGACGAUAGCACCAGAAGCAAGUCCAAGAAAGACUCCGAAUUUUCAUCAGCAAGAAUGGAUCUGCGGUUUGUGCCAGGUGGCGACCACAAGCGAGAAAACACUAAAUGAGCAUCUUCGAGGGAGUAAGCACAAGUCCAAUUGUGAGAAUCUCAAAAGCAAACUCAAUGCCAAAGAAACGGGACCCGCAAUUUCGCCAACCAAAGCACAUUUAUCGAAUCUGCCUGCUGCUGCUACAGAGCAGGAAAAAUGGGCAAAGCUGAAGCAGGAGUGGCAGCGGAAAGAUUACGAAAAAAUCGAGAAAAGUGUUGGGAUUGAUGAGGUGGCAAAUGAGCUGGAAAAAGAAAAACAGGGCAAGCUUGAGCAGGAUGGUGCUUCUAGUCAUACGUUCAAACUGCACUGUGACGUGUGUAAUGUGAAGCUGCUUAGCGAGAUUGAUAUGCAGAGUCAUCUCAAAGGGAAACGACACUCGUCUAAUAUCGAAAAUGCUGGAGAAAAUAAAACUGUGAACAAGUGAAACGCGAGUUGAUCAAGAUGUAUAGUAGUUGUUUGAGUGAAAUGUGGGAAAACUCGAAAACUAAUAUCAUUGUGUGAAGAUGUAAAUAAAACCCCACAUAACUAGUUGGAAUCGAUAAUAAUUCGUAUGUCGAUAACCAAUAUUUUGAAAUUGAGUGAAUUGCAGAAAAACUUAUUCUGUUUUUUUUUUU